AUGAAUUGGUGGCAGAGCGCAUUUCAUUCUCCUCCGCCUCCCUCCACCACCGCCGACGAUAAUUAUAUCAACAAUAGGACUAAUGGUCGCAUGUCCGAUGUCGCCUCCUUGUUCUCCCGCCGUCGUGCCGUCGGAUCUCAUGACCGUCACCGUAUUAUCGAUUCAAGGAAUUUACAGCACCUCACCGACGACGACGACGACGAUCUGACCCCAUCCCGCUCCGCCGCAUCGCCGCAGACCUUGCCGGUCCCUGAAUUAUCCGUUCACCUGAAACGCGAUUCUCGCCGUGAAGCUGCCGCCAAUCAGACAAUCAAGUACCUUCUGCCGUCGCCGGAAGACGCAACUAAGAAAUCCAAUGAGAAAAGAGGAAUCUCCGACGUGAAUCAUAUCGAUUUAAAAAACCCACCAUGCAUAGUUAGCUUAGAUCGUUUUACCGAACACAAAGAACCACAGUUUCUUCAAAAAUGGCCUCAAGGAAGGAACCUAACACUAAGCACAAGAGACGAACACAAAAAUGGCGAAUCCCUUAGCGCUCCAACGACUCCGGUAUCGAACCGAGGAAUCUUCACACCAACAAACAAGACCGAUUUAUGUUCAUCUAACCAUUUCUUUCCUAGAAAUCAAGCAUGGCUUGCACCAGAGCCGGCUUUGGCUCCACCAGACAUGCCACCAGGUGUUGCAAAUCAUUAUCAAACGGUUCUUGAUCGAAGUAUCCAUGGCUGCGAUGGUUCACCAGUUCAUAGCCCACAAAAAAGAACCAACAUCAGAAGUCAGAUGUCGUCAAACUCUCCGUUGCAAAAGAGUUUGUCGGCUGAAAUUCCAAUGAGUCGGCGUGACAGCAAUGCCCAGAUGACGGUUGGUAUAGUCCACCCCUUGCCUCUUCCGCCAGGAGCCGCCGUACCUCCACCAUCUUCCCCGCCACUAAUCACCAACAAACCUGAUUUGAUCGCGAAGACACCAAGACACAGUCAAUGGCAAAAGGGAAAGCUUAUCGGUCGUGGAACGUUUGGAAGUGUUUAUGUUGGCGCUAACAGAGAGACCGGAGCUUUAUGUGCAAUGAAAGAAGUCGAAAUAUUACCGGACGAUCCCAAAUCUGUGGAGUGUAUAAAGCAAUUACAACAGGAAAUUAAUGUUCUAAGCCAACUUAAACAUCCAAAUAUCGUACAAUAUUAUGGUAGCGAAAUAGUUGGGGAUCGGUUUUACAUAUAUUUGGAAUACAUCCAUCCGGGUUCGAUCAAUAAGUAUGCUCGUGAUCAUUGUGGAGGAAUGACGGAAUCAAUUGUACGGAAUUUUACACGGCAUAUUGUAUCCGGGCUCGCCUAUUUGCACGGCACAAAGACUAUACACAGGGAUAUCAAAGGGGCUAAUUUGCUAGUUGAUGCAAAUGGGGUCGUGAAGCUUGCUGAUUUCGGGAUGGCUAAACAUCUAACUGGGCAGGUUGAUCUUUCGUUAAAAGGAAGUCCGUACUGGAUGGCUCCUGAGCUUUUGCUGGGUGAGAAACAAAAGGAUUCAUGCCCCGAUCUUGCUUUGGCUGUCGAUAUAUGGAGUUUGGGUUGUACGAUUAUUGAAAUGAUGAACGGGAAACCUCCUUGGAGCGAGUACGAAGGGCCUGCAGCGAUGUUUAAGGUCAUCAAGGAGACUCCACCGAUACCCGAAACAAUGUCAUCGGACGGCAAAGAUUUCUUGCGGUGUUGCUUUGUUAGGAACCCCGCAGAAAGGCCGACGGCUAACAUGUUACUUGAACAUAGGUUCUUGAAAAACUCGAGCCAGCUAGAUUUUCCGGCUUCGAACAAUAGGAUGGUGCAAAACCGAAGAGAGCGUUUGAAUCAUAGACCCGGUUCAAUGUCGAUGCCCACGGAUACAUCGACCGCAAAAGGGAAACUUUUGAAUAGCGUUGACAUGAGGAUGACUAACGUCUCAUACUGACACUACCAACAUAACGGUAAACCCCAAUUGGUGAAUCUUCUCGAGGACCUCCCAUUUCGAUCCAUUAUAUUCUCGGACAAAAAGACGAAUAUGCCCCUUCUCGAUACACAAGUUCUUCGAGACCGAUCGGUGCUUGGAGAUCGAAGUUCAUCCUGAUGAUAACAGGGUUAUGCUGGUGUUCAUUGUAGCUUCAUUUGAACCCAUUUUGGUGAUAACAAAUAACGACUGUAUAAAUAGUUGUACUGUAUGUAGUGGAAGUUGUACUUUGGCCCCUUAUUUAUGGAACCCAUAUUCCAUUCUUUAUUGUGGGUGUUUAGAUUCAGUUUUGGUAUUGUAUCGUAGGUGCCCUUU